AUGCUAUUGCUAGUACUUAUUCAGAUUUCUGGGUGCUUCCCUCCAACAAUUUUCUUCAUUGCUCACUCAACAAUGGCCGUGAUGAGCUACGGCGUUGCAGCCGCAGCCGUCUGCCCCUCCGUCCUCUCCUCCUCCAAGUCGAAAUUCGCAGCCUCCGUGUCGUUUGGCACCAAUGCCACCACCUCCAGGUUCACCAUGUCCGCUGAGUGGAUGCCGGGCGAGCCCCGCCCACCCUACCUCGAUGGCUCCGCUCCCGGAGAUUUUGGAUUCGACCCGCUUCGGCUAGGGGAAGUCCCGGAAAACCUCGAGAGAUAUAAGGAGUCGGAGCUCAUCCACUGCAGAUGGGCUAUGCUAGCCGUGCCCGGAAUCCUGGUCCCGGAGGCUCUGGGGUUGGGCAACUGGGUCAAGGCACAAGAAUGGGCGGCGCUCCCAGGUGGACAGGCCACGUAUUUGGGCAACCCGGUCCCAUGGGGCACCCUUCCCACAAUCUUAGCGAUCGAGUUCUUGGCCAUAGCCUUUGUAGAGCACCAAAGGAGCAUGGAGAAGGACCCGGAGAAGAAGAAGUACCCAGGUGGGGCAUUCGACCCACUCGGCUACUCCAAGGACCCUAAGAAGUUGCAAGAGCUCAAGGUCAAGGAGAUCAAGAAUGGUCGUCUAGCGCUGUUGGCGUUUGUGGGAUUCUGCGUUCAGCAAUCAGCAUACCCGGGAACAGGGCCGUUGGAGAAUUUGGCGUCGCAUUUGGCUGACCCGUGGCACAACAACAUUGGCGAAGUCCUCAUUCCCCCCAUCUCCUAAAUCUACUCUCAAACACACCAAUUCUGCAAUUUUCUGUUUUGUGGCGUGGAUGGAUAUUGUGUAGUGGUUGGUUGCUGAUUAAUUUGUGUAUAAAUUUGAAGAGUUCAAUGAAAAGACAAUGCCAUUCUUCUCAA